AGGUGAUGGAAAUGGGGCACCACCAAAGAAAGUUGUUAGUUUUGCGAAAAUCCAAAGAAAGUAGUGAAAUUUUUAAAGAAUUGGUUUGCUGCUUCCUGACUUUCAAUUUUCAAGUUCCAUCACCGAAAAAAGGGCAACAGCUAUUGUGCUUAUUCUCUGCGAAUUUGGCGUCAGAUUAGGGAUCCAUCAUCCCGCUUUCAUUUUCAUCUCAAAAACCUAAUUUCUACCAUAAAUCUUCAUCUCCAUCCAACAAUCACCAUCACCACAUGUAACAGGAUUUCUUCCUAUCAAAUACCACAAACAAAAUCAGUGAGACAGAGACAUGAAACGAUGCUUUGGUACUCCAGGGAUCGCAAGCGGCCUUGUCUUGAGGAUUUUUCAGUGCUUAUUUGCUUCUGCUUCUAUCGCCGUCAUGGCUGCUUCUUCCGGUUUCUCUAGCGCCACCUCCUUCUGCUAUCUAAUUGCAGCAAUGGGACUACAAGUUUUAUGGAGUUUUGGACUUGCUUGUCUUGAUAUUCAUGCUCUAAGGGUUAAAAAGAAUCUCCAGAGUCAAAUCUUACUAAGCCUUGUUGUUGUUGGUGACUGGGUGACUGCGAUACUAGCACUUGCAGCGUCAUCAUCUUCAGCAGGAGUGAUGGUUUUGUUGGACAGAGACUCGGAGUAUUGCAAAGUUGACCAGCAGCUGUCGUGCAGUAUGUUCCAGAUCUCCAUUGCUUUUGCGUUUCUUGCUUGGUCUCUUCUUGCUAUUUCUUCUCACACUGUCCUUUGGUUGUUGGCAUCCCUUUCUUCUUGAUUUUUAUUUCUCAACUCAAACUCUAAUUCUAUUCUAUGUAAAUAUAUAUAUAAAAACAUUCACACGCUUACUUUUCCAUUCAAA